AUGCCGUCGGCAGAUCAUCUCCUCCUCCACCACCAUGGACACCACCACAUCCUUCUCUUACUGCUCUUGGGCUUCCCUUCUCUCCUUCGCGCGCAGCUGGAUUACCCGUCUGCCAACCUCUCCACGAUCUGGACCAAUGACCCCUCCCAGCUGCCGCGCACCGUCAGCUUCGAGGACGGCUCCCAGGUCCGCUCCAUCCUCCUCCGACGCAGCCCUAACUUCUUCGGCCCCACCUUCGCCUGCGGCUUCUACUGCAAAGAUGCCUGUACCUCCUUCCUCUUCGCCGUAUUCGCCGUCUACACCAACAGCGGCGGUGGUAUCACCAUGACCAACUUGGCUCCUCCCCAGGUCGUCUGGUCCGCCAACCGCGAUCGCCUCGUCGGGACGAACGCCACACUCCACCUGACAGCAGGCGGCGAUUUGAUCCUCCGUGGCGCCGACGGCACGGCCGUCUGGUCGGCCGGCAGGUCCGUCGUCGGCAUGAACAUAACGGAGUCUGGAAAUCUAGUGCUUUUCGAUCAAGAUGGCAAGCUGGUCUGGCAAUCCUUCGAUCAUCCAACGGAUUCGUUGGUUCUCGGGCAGACGCUCAAGGAGGGAGAGAGGCUUGCGGCCAACACCUCCAUGACCAACUGGACGCGAGGUCAGGUAUAUCUCACCAUUCUUUCCGAUGGCUUGUAUGCGUUUGCUGAUUCUACUCCUCCUCAGCUUUACUAUCAGAACACAAUUACUGGCAUUAAAACAACAAAAAAUUCGACAUAUAUUAAGUACCUCAAUGGCAGCCUUGCAAUGUUCACACAGUUUGGUACGCCGGACGAAUCGAUCUCAUUGCCUGUAGCAUUGUCACUUUAG